GGGUCUGUUUCCACUCUGUAUGACUAUAAUGUGAUAAAUUAGAUGGGGAGUGAAAUGUGGAACCAGAGGGACCAGAGAGGGAGAGUGAAAAUUUGGGGCCCUGAUUAGAGAGGGGUGGGGAAUGAGCAGAUGGAGGAGCUAGAGCAAGGGAAGGAACUGGGCGUGGAGGAAGAAAGAUAGAGAAAAUCAGAUAAUGGGAGAGUUAAAGAGGGCGAGUUAAAGUUAAAAUCGAGAAAGUUAAAAAGGGAGGACAAAGCUGGGUAGAUGAGAAGCGGCAGAGCUUACCUGGGAUUGGAGAGUUCGCUGUGGUUACUAUUGGCCGGUGGGCUCCCAUGCGCAGAGGGAGGUACUGUGCUUGCAUGUGGCGACCAGCUGAGCCUAUGCACGUGUCCCCGCCAUCCCACUGCUCACAGCCCGGGUAAGACCCCGCUCAGCUCCGGGGAGCAGCACAGUGGCACGGCGGAUGAGUUGCUGCCUCACAGCGCCAGAUAUCCCGGUUCGAUCGUGGCUUUUCUCCGGGUGCUCCGGUUUCCCCCACACAAACCAAAGAUUUACAGAUUUGUAGGUUGAUUGGUUUCGGUAAACAUUGGCCCUAAUGUGUAGGAUAGUGCUAGCGUACGGGGUGAUCGUUGGUCGGCACGUACAAGGUGGGCCGAAUGGCCAGCUUCCACGCUGUAUCUGUCAAGAUUCCGGAGGACGUAGGGGAAGGGAAGGCCAUGAAGCCCACGCCUCCGUCAUCCAGAAAUGACCGUCACACACACAUAGAGACAGACCCUUCGGCCCACCACCCUUUACUCGCCCACAUUGAUCCCAUUCUCCGGCUCUGGGUCCGCAGCCUCCUUGGCCUUUCCAUGCACUGGGCCGAGUGAGGGUCUCUGCCUCCUCGCCAGACCCAGACUCUCUCCGGGGGAGAAAGUCCCUCUCACACCCCCUCCCUUCUGAUGAACUCCCUCCCCCUGGUGUUAGCCCCUCUGCCGGCUUGACAAAUCCAUCGGAUACACAAUGCUGCAAACUGGACGAAGUACUAGAGGCCCGGGGGAUGAGGGGAAGGGUCAGUCGGCAUCCGUGGAUGGCACGGACAGGCAACGUCUUUGCCCGAUCCCGCCACAGACGCUGCCCGACCUGGCACUUGGCCUUUACGUCCGCCUCGAUGGCUGCUUCCCGGGACCUGCCUGGACCGUCCCACCACCGCCCCAUCUCAGCGUGGUCGAGGAAGGGUGGUGCCGGCGGGCCAGCCGUGCAAGCUCCGGCAUCGGCCGCGGCACAGGAGGACAGACGGCCGAGCGGCGGGGGCGCUGGGCCGGGAAGGGUUAAAAGGCACCUGCCGCGGCAGGUGAAGCUCCGCCCCGGUCCCGCCCAGCGCCCCGGGUCGGUGGAACAGGUUGGGCGAGUGGAGUGCCUGCUCGGGGUGAGAGGGAGGGCGGAGCCGACACUCCGACCGGGAACCGGCCGCACAACUCGGCGACGACGACUCGCAGAUUCCCCGCCGGGCGCUCCGGACCAUUCAGCCGGUCCCCCUCCGGCAGAGGCAGCAACAGCAACUCCCCCCAUCGCCAGAGCGACUAACCGGGACUCCCGUGUGGGAACAGCCGAGUUCCUGACCCGCCUGCUGGAUAUGGAGAAUCAGCUGCCACCCCUCUUGCUCAUCCUGAUCCUCCUCGUCCCCUUAGGUGUGUGCGGGCCGGAGCUGCAGCUGGACGCGGGCACGACGGCGCCGCUAGGGGGCACAGCGCGGCUGCGAUGCCUGUACACGGGCGCGGCCCAGGUGACGCAGGUGACGUGGGACAAGCUGACGGAGCUGGGCCCGCAGAUGGUGGCGGUGCGCAGUGACGCACACGGCACGCGCACGCACCCCUUCUACGGCGCGCGAGCCCGCUUCCAGCGCGGGGCCGAGCACGGCGGGGACGCGCUGGCCGGCGACGCCUCGCUGCUGAUCGACCAGCUGGUGCUAGCGGACGCCGGGCAUUUCCGCUGCAAGGUGUUCACCUUCCCGGCCGGCAGCUUCGAGGGCGACACCUGGCUCACCGUGCUGGUGCCCCCUCAGGUAUGGCUGGUGCCGGGCCCACGAACCCUGCUGGAGGGAGACCGCCGUGCUCUGGUGGCCAUGUGCAUGGUGAUGGGGAGCACCCCGAUGCCCGAGGUGCGGUGGGACACGGCCGUGGAGGGGGAGCAGGAAGUGACAGACACGGCCAAUGCCAACGGCACAGUGACGGUCACCGUUAGCCUCUACGUGCAUCCCGAGCGGGACAUGAAGGGGAAGGACGCUGUGUGCAUCGUCAACCACUCCAGCCUGGCCCAGCCCCUGCACGUCCCCUACAAACUCAACAUCUACCAUGUUCCUGAGGUGGUGAUAAAAAGAUCCUUUGAGAAUUGGCAGGCGGAUAUGGAAGGAGCGGCGUUGCAAUGCGAGGAAAAUGGGAAUCCUCCAGCUACGGAUUUUGUGUGGAAGAGAAUGGAAGGCCCCCUCCCCAGCAACCUCACCCAGGAUGGCAGCAGGCUGUUAUUCACCAAACGGCUCACCGUGGAAGAUUCUGGAACCUAUGUCUGUGAAGUUUCCAAUGAAAUUGGCAGCCGGAGUGCACAGAUGAAAAUAACUAUUUCAGAACGUAACGAGGCAGGGAUGAGCCUGCUGACUCUUGCCUUCGUGGCCAUCGGAGUGGUGGGCCUGGUCAUUGUGCUCAUCUUCAUUGGCGCCAUGAUCGCCGUGAACCGCUCGCACCGCAAGAAGACGGAGCAAAUGGUCUUCAAACUGGAGGAGAUCUCCACCAUGUCCCGGCAGCCCUCCAUCCGCCGUUGUAACUCCAUGUCUGCCUCUGUCGACGUCCGCCUGCAGGAGGCAGGUGGCAGUCGGGACAUCGACCAGCUGGAGCUGGAGCCCAUGAUGGAGGAGAUGGUGCCACAGCAGAGGAGCAGCUCCAGGGACCUGUUGGCGGUGGCAGGGGAGGGCCAGUUCCAGCCCCUGCCCCUGGGCACCCAUCGCUACAGCCUGCGCUCCACGACCAGUGAGCACAGGUCCUCGCACGCCUACCCGUUCGGGGCCUACAGGAACAGCUUGCCCAACAACCAGCGGCACAGCCUGAGGGAAUGGAUGUUGGACCACAGCGAGCGGUCGGGCUCACCGGGGGAGGUGCCAGAAAACAGCCCAGCGCUCACGGCAGCACUGGAGCAGGUGAGUUCGCUCUCGACCCGGCCCUUGACACCCUCCCCGUCAGAGCAGGGCUCUCAGACGGAGGAUGAGGAAGAGGUGGCUGACCGCCAGAAGUCAAUCCACGCGGCCAUGGGCCACUUCUACCCCCACAACGGCACGCUGCGCGCCAAGCCGGGCAGCAGCACCGUAUACAUUGCCCGCAGAGAGCACUGUGUGUGAGGGGGGUGGUGUCCGAACCCCCACCCCCACCCGCACCUGCACCCGCAUGGCCACCUCCCGAUCCCACGGCAUUGUCUGUAUGGGACAAGGACACGGAAGUGCAGGGACCUGUACAGAACACGGACACACCAAGUACGACGGCACUGUCUGUCUGGGAUGAUGGACUGCAGGAACCUGCGGGACUACAGAAAACGGAUACGCCAGGGUACAUGGACCUCGCGGGACUGUACAGUACAUGGGCCCACCAAGUCUCAUGAGUCCCGGACACACAGGUUUACAGGGACCCCACCAGGACAACCUCAUUGGGACAUGGUGACCCUGGUUUUCUGUUUACCCUGAACCACCUACAGUGGGCAUCCGUGACACCUGCCCUCGGUACAUUUCUGGGUCGUGCACCACCUACAGUGGGCAGCUCGAGGCGAUGGAGAUACACCAUUAAACUACUGAAAUCCACUGCAAGGAUUAGUGAACAGGGUCACUGCUCUCCCAGGCUGAUGUUCCCAGCAUUGAGACUCCACUCACACCCGGUCCCAUCCACUGGUCCCGUACAACUCAAGGAUUUGUUCCCCCGUGAAGCAACACAACGUCCCGCUGACUCCUGGCAAUCCCUGGCCCUGGAUCUGUGGAGCGGGAGCGUUCGGGAUGGGAUUGAAACUCUGGGCGUGAGUCGGGAGAUCCUGUGUGAAUGGUCGAAGGAGCAAAGCAUAUCAAAACCCCACACUCACCCAUCCCGUCAAACAACUGCCCCAUGCGUCAAUGAGUCUGUGAGUCCCACACUGACCUUAUCACAACCCAGGAUCCAGUGGCCUGGAGUGGAAGUGUCAUCCUCGAUCCCAAGGGAUGGACUAAUACAGAGAGGGAGGAGUGUACUUGAACCUGAUGGCAAGUGAAGACAGGUCAGACAGAAGGGCUGAAAGGUCUCCUGUGUAACAGGCUGGAUAGACAGACUGCAGGGCAUGCCGUACUGUGUAACAGGCUGGAUAAACAGACUGAAGGACCUGCUGUACUGUGUAGCAGGCUGGAUAGAUGGGUUGAAGGGCCUGCAGUCCCAUGUAACAGGCUAAAUAUGUGCCCUUUGUCACGGUGUGUGUGGGGGCUGCAUUGGGUUCUCAUGUGCUCGAGUUUCCGCUUGUUGGCGCGUUUUUUGUAAACUGUUGUAUAUUUGUACAGACAUUUUCAGUAAAACACAAGGCUGUCGUAUCAAACA